AAUUUUUUUUAAAGUCCGCAUUUGACAGUUCAUUCGAGGUCGAUAAAUUUAUUUCGGGUUUUGGUGUGUGAUUUUUGUAAAAUAAAUCACCAAAAUGGUUAAAGUUUGUGGACCAAAACUUUCCCUAUGCGGUCUCGUUAUAAGUGUGUGGGGUAUAAUCCAGUUGACGCUGAUGGGCGUCUUCUAUUACAUCAGGGCCGUAGCAUUGCUUGAGGAUCUCCCCAUAGAAGAAGCCACAGAGCAUAGCAACCGAACAAUUGACCAAUUCAUCGCGCAAGUUGAAAGUGGAUACACACAGAAUGCUUACAAUUGCUGGAUAGCGGCACUGCUUUACGUCGUCACCCUGGUGGUGUCUGGUCACCAGUUCUGGAUGAACAACCGUUCAUCAGUCAGCAUGUAAAUAAGAAGCUGUUGGACCUCCAUUUGUUAUAACUAACUUCUAUAAAGAAUAAUCUGUUGUGGAGUGAAAUUCCGUUUCACCACUGGUGGGCUUGUUCGCAAUAAUAAUACCUUAGAUUAACAGGCAGUCUUGUGCAUCAACUACCUAGUGAUAACAUACCAUAGACAAAUAAACAGGUGAUGUUUCGAAUUGUGAAUUUACCCUGGGUAAAAUGUCUAUGCAUAUUACUAGUUACUGCAUAUAACAUCAGUUACGUGCAUAUGCUUCAAAUAAUAGCUGUAAUGUUAUCCUUGAGUCAGUAUUUCCAUCCCUAUGCAAUCACUAAAUAAAAUUUUAUGAGACAAAGAGCAGAACAUGCAAUUUUUUUUUAUUGUGUAUCUGCCCUGAAGUUAGUCAAACCAUAAUGGAUAGGUAAUUGUUAUAUUUAUAAUACCAUUCCAGAUAUAAAUUAAUUAGUAUGAUGCCGAUGUAAAUUAUAAAGCUAUGAUUUUUGGUUAUACUCUCAUGACUAUGUUUUUGAAAGUUAAAAAAAGUCUAAAAACGAUAUUGAAGUAAUAUCAUGUAAUUAAACUCAGAAUUUAUCCAAAUGUUCUAUAUGUCUGUAAUUCCCAUAAUAAAAUAAAAUCAGUGUAAAUAAUUUUUGCUUUGUUUUUGCAAUCACGUUUUCAUGCUACCUAUAUGUACAAUUUGCAUUUUAUAAUCAAAUAGGUAGUUUUGAUUAUUUUACUUUCAGUUUUUAUUGAUUAAGAUAUGACCUGUGUAUAAAGGAUUACAUAUUUAUUUUUCAUUUAAGUUUGAAGUCCUAUAUUCACAAACUUUUCAAAAUAAUUCCGAUUUGUUGCAAAAGUAUCCCUUCUCAAAUUGUACAUAAUUAUUUAGUAGGUAACAUUAUAUAAUCAUAGAUUUUCUUGAAGUAAAGUAUUAAUGUUAUUA